AUUUGGUACUCGUCCCGCAAUUUUGAUCUUCGUCUUUCUUUGUUUUCUCCACAUCUAUUGGCAAAAUGCUCCGACUCGACGGCAAAGUUGCCCUAAUCACCGGCCUCGGCCAAACCACCGACGAGGGCUGGGGCAUCGGCGCCGCCAUCGCCAUGAAGCUCGCGCAGCAAGGCGCACUGAUUUUCGGCGGCAACCGCACAUUAGCCAGCGCGGAAAGGACCAAAUCUCGAAUCGAGAGCGAGGGCGGGGUAUGCGAUGUGCAGCAGACCGAUGUCACCGAUUCCACCUCAGUCAAGGCUUUGGUCGACAGCUGCAUGCAACGCCACGGGCGCAUCGACAUUCUGAUCAACAACGUGGGCAAGUCCGAGCCCGGUGGUCCCGCUGAAAUGAAGGAAGAGAUCUGGGACCAGCAGAUUGAUCUCAACCUGAAGAGUGUCUACCUGACAAGUCACUUUGUCCUGCCGAUCAUGGAGAAGCAGGAAACAGGCGGCACCGUGAUUAAUGUGUCGAGCAUUGCGGGGUUACGUUAUAUUGGGAAACCUCAGGUGGCAUAUUCUGCUACGAAAGCUGCAAUCAUGCAGUUCACCAAGGCCACUGCGGUGAUUUAUGCGGGCAAGGGGGUGAGGUUGAAUACUGUGGUGCCCGGGUUGAUCUAUACGCCGUACACGAGGGAGCUUGCAAGGCGGUAUGCUCCGGGUGGUGAUGAAGAAGCGUAUAUGAAGAUGCGUGAUGAGCAGGUACCGAUGGGGCGCAUGGGAGAUGCUUGGGACGUGGCGAACGCUACUCUGUUUCUUGCUUCGGAUGAGGCCCGCUACAUCACUGGACAGAUGCUUGUGGUGGAUGGUGGGAUAACAUCUUGGACAGGGAGGGUGUGA